AUGUAUAAGAGGGGUCACCACGACGCUAACCUUACCACCUACAAGAAACGCCAGCACGACAGUUACCUUACCACGUACAAGAGAGGUAACCACGACGCUUACCUUACCAUCUACAAGAGGGGUCACCACGACGCUUACCUUACCACAUACAAGAGAGGUCACCACGAUGCCUCCCCUUACCACGUACAAAAGGGAUCAUCACGACGCUUACAUCACCACGUACAAGAGAGGUCACCACAACGCUUACCUUACCACCUAAAGAGGGGUCACCACGACGCUUAUCUUACCGAGUACAAGAGGGGUCACCAUGACGCUUACCAUACCACCUACAAGAAACGUCAGCACGACAGUUACCUUACCACGUACAAGAGAGGUAACCACGACGCUUACCUUACCAUCUACAAGAGGGGUCACCAUGACACUUACCUUACCACAUACAAGAGGGAUCACCACGACACUUACCUUACCACCUAA